AUGGCGCCCGCAGCUUCCUCUAGCGUAGAUCAGUAUAAGCUGUCUUCGCUGCCGACAGAUGGUGUGACUGCCGUUCGUUUCCAACCUGGUAAAGCUGCCCCCCAAUUCCUUGUUGCCUCCAGUUGGGAUUGUACCGUUCGAAUCUAUGAUGUUGCUUCCGGUGGACAGCGGAUGAUGUAUCAGCAUUCGACACCGGUACUGGACACUACAUUUUCUGAUACAGUCCAUGUACUCAGUGGUUCGUUGUCCGGUGAUUUAAAGCUGUUCGAUUGUAAUACAAAUCAAAGUCAGCUAUUGGGCUCAUGCGUGCGAGCCAUCAGCGUAAUGCAUUAUAACAAUACUAUUCAAGCGUGUAUCACAGGAAGCUGGGAUUGUACCGUGCGCCUUUGGGAUCCGCGUGCGGCAUCAGCCACUGCUGCCUCUGGCAGUGGUGAUAAGGGUGGAGCUCAGAGCGUCCAUCGGCAGCCAAACACAGUUUACACCAUGGACAGUAUUGACAAUCAACUGGUGGUUGGCACUGCUGGUCGGCAUGUGCUGAUCUGGGAUUUACGACAGAUGCACGCCCCAGUGGAGCAACGCGAAUCCAGUCUUCGCUACCAGACGCGGUGCAUCCGAUGUUUCCCGAACGGUCAGGGCUACAUUCUCGGUUCAAUAGAGGGUAAGAAGAUUUCGUAG